GAUGUCAACGCGCCCUUUUACUGCACCAUAAUAAUAGUAAUAAAAAAAAAACAAAGACACGUCAUGUCUCACAGCGGAUGAAUACGACUGCGCAUGCUCGGGUCUGCCUUCACAAUCUCACCGACCAGGGAACUGAAAGAAGAUGAGGGUGCUGUGUGUGUUUGCUUUGCUUGCCUCGCUGGCUGCGGUGAUGGGGGAGGAAGGAGCUCGUCUGCUGGCCUCCAAGUCCCUGCUGAACCGGUAUGCUGUGGAGGGUCGAGACCUCACGCUGCAGUACAACAUCUACAAUGUGGGCACCAGUGCUGCACUGGAAGUGGAGCUCUCUGAUGACUCGUUCCCUCCUGAGGAUUUUGGCAUCGUCUCUGGGAUGCUUAACGUGAAGUGGGAUCGCAUCGCCCCAGCCAGUAACGUGUCUCAUACCGUAGUUCUGCGCCCACUGAAAGCCGGUUACUUUAACUUUACCUCCGCCACCGUCAGCUAUUUGGCACAAGAAGGAGGGCAGGUUGUGGUUGGCUACACCAGUGCUCCUGGUCAGGGAGGCAUUCUAGCCCAGAGGGAGUUUGACAGACGCUUUUCUCCACAUUACCUGGACUGGGCUGCUUUUGGUGUUAUGACUCUCCCCUCCAUUGGCAUCCCACUGCUCCUUUGGUACUCCAGCAAAAGGAAAUACGAUUCUCCCAAAAGCAAGAAGAACUAAUGAAGAAGUUUGCUGUUAAAGCAUUAAAAAAGGGGUCAUGGGAAGGGCAGACAUGUUUUUGAAAUGGUUUCAGUAAUUUUAUUACCCAUAUUGGGGUAACAUUAUUAAGGAUGCAAGUUUAGACAGGGCUAACAGAAUGGCUGUAUAUCCUUUUUAGACCCAUGCUAGCGUAUGACUGAAGUCAUCUUUUCGUCUUCAUAACACGCAAACUGCCAACUCUUCCUUUUUUUGUGGGGUGGGGGAUUAAGUGUGUAGACAAAUUGGAUCCGUAUUGUCUUCAUGGCUGCUCAGAGAUCUCAAGUGGGAACAAAUAAAUGUGGGUUUUUACAAAAACAAUA